AUGGGCGCUGUUCUCAAAAAACCGUCUUCUGAUUCCGUUCAUACAACGCCCUCAAUAACAUCGCCCACUCUUAGGCGAUCCAUAAAUUCUUUCAUGAGUCUUGACUAUGAUUUCUGUCGUCGAACUUACUGGCUAUGUUCCGAAUGCGGAAAUCCGAGAACUGGUUACAGCUGGUGUCAAUCCUGCGAAGCCAACCGUUUCGAAUCUGAAUUUCCGCAUUGGACUAGCGGUAACAUUGAUAUUGAUGAUUUUAUAAGGCAAUCACAGAAAAAUGCUUAUACUGCUCAAGAUUAUUUGGAAUGGAUACCUUACGAAAGUUUUGUGGAUGUCAAAUAUUUUGCUAGUGGUGGAUAUGGAAAUGUGUACACAGCUUAUUGGAAAGAAGGACCAAGGUGGGCGUGGAAUGAACAAAAGAUGGAGAGGGUAAGAACGGGUCCAAGAAAAGUGGUAUUGAAAAGUUUGGUUAAUUCACAAGAUAUUACAUUGGAUUUUUUGAACGAGUUAGCAUUACACCAUAUCUGUAAUGCAGAUGGUCAUGUAAUAUUCUGUUACGGUGUCUCUCAAGAUCCAAUCACUAAAAACUAUUUACUCGUAAUGGAUUACGCUAAAAGUUUUUACAAACAUGUAAUUAAACCUUCACAACAUAUAUCAUGGAAAAAAAAAUUAGAGAUACUUUACGAUCUUAUAAUAGCCCUUUCUUCGUUACACAACAAAAAUAUAAUUCAUAGAAAUUUUCAUCCGGGUAAUAUAUUUUUGGAUACCAAACAUUCAGGAUUUACUCGUAUUUCAGAUAUAGGUCAAUAUUUUCCGCCGAAUAAAUCUUAUGACAAUAAUGGUAUAUAUGGUGUUUUACCAUAUAUUCCACCUGAAAUAUUAUUAGGAUCUGAUUAUUCGACAGCGUCGGAUAUAUACUGCUUUGGAAUGAUCAUGUGGAGCAUUUCUACUGGAAAACGCCCUUUUGAGGAUAGACCACAUGACCAAACAUUAGCCUUGGAUAUUUGUAAUAAUUUGAGACCUAAAGCUGUAAAAGGAACUCCACCAUCAUAUGUUAAAUUAAUGAAACGAUGUUGGGAUUCGAGUCCAGAUAGACGUCCGGAUUCAACUGUGGUUGCAGAUAUUUUGGAAGACUGGUUAGAUCAAUUAAUGAACGACAAUAAUAAUGAAUCGACGAUUCGGAAAGAGUUCUCGACGGCUGAAGAGCAUAGAAAAAAAGGUAAUGGAUCAGUGCCAUCACCGACGGUACAUCCACUGUCUAUAUAUACGAGUAGAUUAUUGGAGUUUCCAAACUUAAGUGAAGAAUUCAGUAAAUCAUAA